GGAGAACAGCUUUCGGAAGAAGAAAUAUCAUAGUUUCAUCACUAUCAUGAAAGGUCUUGGACUUUUGCUCGUCAUUCAACUGUGUUUUCUCGCAGUGCAAGGCCUCUUUCUCAAGCAGGGCAGCGUUACCUUGGCGAAAAGCAGAUACAAUCCUCUGCAACCAGCUAAGAACAAUCAAAGAAAGGUGGUCCCGGAAUACAUUUUGCAGUUUUUCAGGGAGAAUAUCAAAUAUGGAAGAAACGUCAACCUGUAUUGCAUUUCACCAAAGAUAGUGAGAACUAAACGGGCAAUCAAAUUGAUCUUCAAAAACGGCAGUUUUAUGGACGACAAAAGCUGGAAAUGGAAACGAGACGAACUCCGCAUGUUCAUGACAACGCCAACGAAAAAAUCGAUUAUGUCCUCGAAGAAACCAUACUAUGUGAAAGUUUUUGAUCUGCACAGUCGUCGUAUUGUGGAUAUGUUCCCGUUCUCAAGCUCAUAUCAGGGCUGGAAAACACUGAACAUCUCACAUUGGCGCAUGAUGAAACCAGUUCAAGACAGCAGAGGGAAGUUUGGACUGAAGAUUGUCGUUAUCCAAGACAGAAGAAAACUCAACAUCAAGAGAACGGCAUUCAGGAAACUUCGCAACAAAUAUGCGCCAUAUUUUAUCGAGUUCUUCCAGGUGAAAAACCAGGAAGAAACGCUAAAGUCAACUUCGAAAAGUUGGCUGAAAAUUGACCUGCAGAGGGAAGAGAAUGCGUUACCAAAAUCGACGAGACCUGCUUCGGUAAAACGCGACUAUUAUUUGCCAUUUCAACGCUACUUGACUGGACGGGCUGUGUAGUUCAGAGUUUUGCAUGUACAGAAUGUGAUAACAUGAGUUACCACGAGGGAUAACGAGGGUUAAAGAGUUUUGAAAAAGCUGAAUCCCUGUUUGAGAAUUUUUCACCAUUCCACUGCUUAAAUCUUGCUCACGUCUGACCAGGGCGUAAUAACAUUUGAUAAGAUUUUCUCUCGUUUGAAUGACUGCCCUUCAAUCCCAGUGCAUUCCACGUUUCCUGUGGUACAAAAAUAACAGUUACAAAAUAUUCAUUCACUCUUUUCCAACUCUCACACAACCCUUGUUCUCAAAUUGAUCCAGGCAUUACAGUCGAUGUAAGUUUUUUUAUGUUAAAAAUCGUAUUCGACAAAGGUGAAUUUAAUCGACGAUGGUUUUCUCCUCCUGGUGUAUGCUAUUGAGUACAAUUAUCAGACUAGAUAUACAUUGCAUGCGAAAUCACCUCGCCUAUUUGAAGCAAUAGAGCUUUCUCAUAAUGACGUCAAACUUCGCCUGAUGUUACACGACGUUUGAUUGGUUCGUUAGUUUUCCGAAGCUGAAAAACUUCAUGUAGCAUCAGGUUUUUCGCUCGACUUGUUUUAUCAAUUAUCAUAGAUCACGAUAAAAUAUAAAUAUACCUUGGUGAAUUCAUAUGGUGAAUCCCAUCCUGUCAAAAAUUUCAUAUAUGUAAUAUAAUUGUAUUGAACCAUAUAUAUCAAGGUUAUAAAAUAC